AUGUCCUCGCUUUCCGAACCUCGCCGGCCGCGUCUGUUACCGCAGAACCGCAAGCUCCGUCACCUCAAGGGCCUCUCGCUGCGGAAUCUGUCGUUUGCCCCCGUGCAGCUGCGCACCUCGGACGAUGUCGCCCUGAUUAGGAGCCCCAACAAGCUGGGCGCGCUCAAGGAGGCCGGGCAGCUGCAUGGCUCGCGGUCGUCGGACAACUUGCGACACGAGGCGCGGCCCGAACGGUCCAGGUCGCAGCCGCCCCGGAGGACGAGCCUCAGCACCGUCAGCCUCAGCCCGGCCCAGAGGCAGAAGCGGCUCAAGGAGCUGCUGGACGACACUCUCGGAGACGUCUUCUUCUCGCUGCACGUGGCCGGCAUCGACGAGCCCGUCUACGUCAGCGAAGUGCGCGAGAGAUCGGCGAAUUUCAACUUCCAAUUCUUCGAUCUCGUAUCCCGGGGAGGCGAUGUCUCCAGAUCGUGCCGUAUCGUCAUCCGAGUAUGGGCUAGGCGGCUGAAGCAGACGACAUGGACUUUUCUGCUGGAGGAGCUGGUUGAUCUCAGGAACCUCAACUUCAUUGGCACGCUGUUGGACCGCCAAUACCCCCCGAAUGCGCUCAUAUUCCACCUCGAAGACGGCGUCUACUCUUUUGACUUUCCAACGAGACAAUCCGAGCCGAGAAACGCACCCCCCGUUGCAACCUCGUCAUAUAAUGCAUUGAUGAAGUUGGCCAACCUCGAGAGCUCCAUUGAAGACGCCAUCCAGACUCAGCAACGAAUUAUGGAACAGAUUAACGAGAUUCUAAACAGCUCUACUACCGAUCCGCCGGAUGUCGCCGAGCAAGAGGUUGCUCUAGCCCAAAAGUAUGUCACCAUGCAGCAGCGCACAAAUAAACUUACACUGGCGAGAAGAGACGAAUUACAAGAGUCGUUGCGUAAGCGGAGUGCUGCCAUUGCUACGGGCAGGGAGCUCCAGGAAAAGGUAGAUGAAGAUAUUAGAAACAACCGCGAGACGCUGGUGGCCUCCAAGCAGCUACUGGAACAGACGCAGCAGCAAAUCCGGGGUCAGCGUCGCCGCAUCUGCUCCGAGCUGGCCGACAUCUUCCCGAUUACACCCAUACCCAAUGCGCCGCCGCUUUCUUUCCAGAUCUGUGACGUGCCGCUACCAAACUCGAUAUACGACGCCGCCACUGCCAGGACCCUCAACGAAGAUGUUCUCUCAGCCGGGCUGGGGCUGGUUGCGCUAGUCACGCGCCAUUUGCAGCUUUACUUGGGUCAUGCGCUGCCUUAUCCGUUGUAUCAUUAUGGCUCUCGCUCCUACGCAAAGGACGACAUCUCUCUCCUCUCGGACAAGAGCGGCUCUCGUAGAGAAUUUCCUCUCUAUCUUCCAAGGGGAGGAUCAACCGCCCUGCAGUGGCGCUUCGAAUACGCCUGGUUUCUCCUCAACAAGGACAUUGAAACUCUAUGCACCUCCCAGGGCCUCAAAGUGGUCGACAUUCGACAAACGCUUCCAAAUCUUAAGUACCUUUUGUACGUCUGCAGCGCCGGCUCGGAAGAGGUUCCUGCGCGGAAAAAGGGCGGCGUCAGGGGCCUUUGGGCAGGGAGGCUUAAGGGGAGGCUCUCGGCUGUGCCGUCGCUGAUGGAUGGGGAGAGCAGUAGUGCUGCGGGCAGUAGGCGUGGGAGCUCGGAUAGUGACCUUACGACCCAGCAUGCUGAUGCUCUGAGAAACGCCAUUGCGAAGAGUAAUAGUGCGCAUGGCAACGGCAACGACUUGGGCUUGCCGUUUGCUUCUGGCGACGCUAAGUUUACACUGAGGACGAAGGGCCUACGAGAGAAUAUUGCGGGUUGA